AUGCAGUUUAUUUAUGUUAUUUAUAUAAUAAAUUUUUUUAUAAUAAUUACUUUUUCUAUUGAGUGUUAUUUUGGUAGAGGUACAAAUACUCAAAUACCAAUUGAUAAUCAAAUUUGUGAUACUGCUGGUGUUGGUAUUUCUUAUUGUAUGAGAAUGGCUGCAGGAAAUGAUAUUAUUCGUGGUUGUGAUACACAAAAUCUUUGUAAAAAUAUUGGUGUUGGAUGUAGAGAUAAUACAGUUUAUUCUUAUUAUACAGGAGAAUUAUGCUGUUGUAGUAGCAAUAAAUGCAACCAUUCUUCAACAAUAUUUUCUUUCAAAUCAAGAUAUCUAAUAACACUCUUUUUUGUGUUGUCAAUUGUUCUCUUUUUAAAAUAUUUAUGA